CUAAUUUUAAGUCUAUUUUGCCGGUAUGUAGAGAUUGUGGUUUUUGUCGAAUUUUAUAAAUAUAAAUAUAUUUAAUAUAAAGAUAUGAUACCUGUUGCGAUAUACACUUUCUCAUUACUGCUUCUGUUGCCUAAAGGUCACAGUUGCAGCCAAUCGCCUACCAAACCUAUUGUGGGUUUGCAAUUAAGCGAUACUGGAAUGCAUCGCGAUCUUAUAUACACUGUUCAGUUUACUAAUGCGUUAUAUGACAAAAGCUGUGAAUACAUUCUUGAGCAGCUCCUUCCUGCUGGUGUCUACAUUAGUGUUGAUCAAAUUGGUGAUUUAAAACGAUUACAGAAGAUAAAUGGUAUUUUUCCGGAAUUCGUUGAUAUUGAAGCGCCAACAGAGAAAUCUAAAUCUUUUACUAUCAUGUUAAACGGUGUGCCACAAUCAACGGAUGCCAUUAAAUUGCCCAUACAUUAUCGCUACCACGCUCCGAGUAAAAAACAAAAUAAAUUCGCCACUGUUGAGAUACCCAUUCCGAAAUUGUAUAUACAGUGCAAAACGCUUGAAGACAACUCUAUUGAAGAAUUUUUGGAGACAGCAUCUAAAUAUAAUUAUUGCCUAAAUGAACGUAGCAUAAGUUUUGAAACCAAAAUUAAUGAAAAUAAUAGUAAUUCAUCUCCAAAAUCAAAUCUUGCUGUAUACGAAAAUUGUGACUGGUAUUUAGUUGACGUUCAUUUCCAACUUAAAACGGAUUUACGAGCUGACAUACCUAUAGGAAAUGAAAAGGCUUUCCCUCCUAUUUUAUAUGCUACAAUAAUUAUAAGUUGGAUUAUAUCGUUAUAUACAGUGUUUCGCACACAUGCUAUACCUCGACGCAUUAACUAUAAAUUAGAAGAACAACGAAUUUUGCAAAACAAAAUGAAGUAACAAUGAUAUACCAGUUAUAUGUAUGUUAAGUAUUAUUGUAUUUUAAAUUUCAGCACAGCAUUCUGAAAAAAUUUUCCAAAGCUUUUCAAUUACAUAUAUUUAAUAAUAAGUUUAUCUACAAGUCAAAGAUAACUAAUAGUAAUAAACAAUAAACCAUUACAUAUUAAUUAACACAAAA